UCUCUCACCACCAGUUACGUGGGCGUCCUCACUGCUGACGGGUCCACUCGCUCCCCCAACAAUAAUCUCAAAUAUCACUCUUUCUCUUGCCUUAGUUGGGGCUCAGUACGCUUUUAAUAUCGCCAUUUUCGCAUGAGAAACAUUCCCAAACAAUUGACAUCUUAAACAACAUCAAGUCUUGUGUGUCAGGUUAAUCCACGAGGUUUGGCUUUGACGGUCACGCCCUUCGCCCUGUGAUUCCCUCCUCCACCAUGACCACUGUAACAUUGACCUCCGCGAGUCCCUCCCCCGCAGCGGUGAGGGUGAGCACCGUACGAACCACGCUGACCUUAGCUGACCUAUGUAGUGGGCUACCCGUGAACCCACUGCCUCCCCCUCUCCCCCGUGACAACACCAUCGCUCACGCCCCCAUCAGGACCCACAACCUCAACCAUGAACAACAGCAGUUGGCUGUGAGUAACGCCCUGAGGUACUUCCCCCGGGAGUAUCACGGGGUGUUGGCGCCGGAGUUCGCCCAGGAGCUGCGACAGUAUGGCCAUAUCUACAUGUACCGCUUCUACCCAAACAUACAGAUGAGAGCAUACCCGGUGGAUGAGUACCCAGUUAAGACCAAGAAGGCAGCAGCCAUCAUGCACAUGAUAAUGAACAACUUGGACCCUCGCGUCGCUCAAUUCCCCCAGGAGUUGGUCACCUAUGGUGGAAAUGGACAGGUCUUCUCCAACUGGGCCCAGUUGUGGCUGGUGAUGCACUACCUGUCAGUGAUGACGGAUGAUCAGACUCUGGUGCUGUAUUCUGGCCACCCGCUGGGGCUCUUCCCCUCCGACUCCCGCUCUCCCAGACUCAUCAUAACUAAUGGCAUGGUCAUCCCGAAUUACUCCUCCAAAGCCAACUAUGACGAUAUGUUUGCCAUGGGGGUCACAUUGUAUGGCCAAAUGACUGCAGGCAGCUACUGCUACAUAGGACCCCAGGGAAUCGUCCAUGGCACAACGCUGACUGUACUCAACGCUGGCAGGAAGUACCUCGGGGUGGAGAACCUGGCAGGGCGGGUGUUGGUCACGUCAGGUCUGGGCGGCAUGAGUGGUGCUCAAGCCAAGGCGGCCGUCGUCUGUGGCUGCAUUGGUGUUGUGGCCGAGGUGAGCAAGGAAGCCCUGUUGAAACGACACAAACAAGGGUGGCUGGAGGAGUACACUGACGACCUAGAGGUACUGGUGAGACGUAUCCGUGAGGCGAGGACCAAGAAGCAGGCUACCUCCAUCGGGUAUCAGGGUAACGUAGUGAACGUGUGGGAGAGGCUACUGAGGGAGUACGAGACCACGGGGGAGCUGCUGGUGGACUUGGGAUCAGAUCAGACCUCAUGCCACAACCCCUUCAGUGGCGGUUACUGUCCCGUCCAGCUUACCUUCGACCAGGCAGAGGAGAUGUUGAUCAAGAACCCGAACAAGUUGAAGACACUGGUGCAGGAGUCGCUACGUCGGCAGGUGGUGGCCAUCAACAAGCUGUCUGACGCUGGCCUCUUCUUCUGGGACUACGGCAACGCCUUUCUGCUCGAGGCUCGGCGGGCGGGGGCUGACGUAGGCGCUGUCGGGGCAGAUUCUAUCAAAUUCCGCUACCCCAGCUACGUCCAGGAUAUCAUGGGGGACAUCUUCUCGCUGGGCUUCGGGCCGUUUAGGUGGGUGUGUGCUUCAGGGGAUCCAACUGACCUGCAGAAGACGGACGAGAUAGCCUGUGAGGUCCUGCAGGCCAUCUGUGAGGAAGGUAUCCCGGAGCGAAUACGUCAACAGUACACGGACAACAUGAAGUGGAUCCGCCAGGCUGGUGAACAUAAGCUAGUGGUGGGAAGUCAAGCCAGGAUCCUGUACUCAGACCAAGUGGGUAGGGUUAGGAUAGCCCAGGCCUUCAAUGACGCCGUUAGGACUGGUAAACUUAAGGGCCCCGUGGUAGUCAGCAGAGACCACCAUGACGUCAGCGGUACGGACUCACCCUUCAGAGAGACGUCCAAUGUUGACGACGGGUCUGCCUUCACUGCUGAUAUGGCAGUGCAGAACUUCGUCGGCGACUCAAUCCGAGGUGCAACUUGGGUAUCUCUUCAUAACGGUGGCGGUGUGGGAUGGGGUGAGGCAAUCAACGGAGGGUUUGGCUUGCUCCUAGACGGCUCAGAGGACGCCAACUACCGAGCAUCUCUCAUCCUCAACUGGGAUGUGUCCAACGGUGUCGCCAGAAGAGCGUGGAGCGGCAACGAGAACGCCGAGUCAACCAUCCUACGCUCAAUGACCCUGGACCGGCGUCUCAAGGUCACUUUCCCUCACCAUGCUGAUCCUAGCCUAGUGGCCCGCGCCCUGGACCAAGCCUAGAUCCUGGACCACGCCUAAACCCUGCCCUGGACCACGCCUAGAUCAAGCCCUGUGCUUUGGACCAAAUUUACAGUAGACCAUAUCCCUUUCCACCCCUAUAGUACCCAGUAGAAAGAAGAACCUCCUCC